AUGAAGAUGCUUCUCUUCUUCUUCUUCUUCCUCCUCCUCAAUGCCUGUCAGUCUUUUGGCCAGCAAGUAGGUGACCAGGGAGGUGGGUGUCAAGCUUUGGGGAAUUGACUUCCUCCCCCCAUGGCAGCAGAUAAGAAGAUCAAACGAAAGGAACGUCUUACCAGUUAGAAUCUUUAAUAAUCACAGCGAGAGAACAAAGAACACGUCUCCUAGAAAUGGCGGUGCUCCCAAUUAAGGGUCACCCCGCCGGUCCCUAUUAAUCUAUGUCAUUCCUACGUCUUGUAAUCUGAGUUUGUACCCUCUGCCCUUUCUGUUCGGACACUUUCUGGGGGGUGGGGGAUGAAUGCUGUUCAGAGACUGAAUCUGUUAACUCUCUCUCUUCCAGUGUUUCUUCUGCUAGCUGUUCCCUAUCCAGUAUUUCCCAGCUUCUGCCUUCUGAACUGUGCCCCUCUGCACACCGCUGUUCCAAACCUAUACUGUCCUCCUGCUCCUGGGAAGAUUCAGGAUCAGGGGGAGGGAGUGGCUCCCACUUUCCUUCCUCAGUGCAGCCCUCCUCAGCACAGUCUCUGACAGUGAGGUGGGAAGGAGCAAGGCAUGGACCAUUUCACUUGGAAAACACACAUAAGCCACAUAAGCAUUGGGUGGAGGGGGGUUUGACCUGAGGAGUGCUGGGGCACUGGCUCAGAACCUUUUUACAUGUCAUUGCCCUGGUGCAUGCCAAGUCCCCUCCCAUCUGGGUCUGCAAGAGCAAGGAGGAGGGUCACAGCAGCAACUACCGGAGAAGAAAACCCACUGGCAGCACUGCAGGGCUGUUGUGUUGCAGCUGAGCAACGAAGGAGAAGUGAGAGGCUCUCUUGAGCAUCUCCCCUUUGUCGCACCUGCUCAGGUGAAAAGUUUUAAAGAAAGCUAUAAAGAAUUUAUUUAUGUAUGCUACAACAGUGGCAAGAGUCUUGAUUGCACAAGGAUGGAAGAAUGAGGAAACCCCGACAAAAGAACAGUGGCAAGAAAAAUUGAUGAACUAUGCAGAAGUGGCGAAAUUGACAUGCAAACUGCGAGACAAAGACAACUGUGACUUUAAGGAAGAAUGGGAGCCUUUUAUAAAUUAUCUAAAAAGACAACAAAAUGAACUGGACUCCUUGGCAGGUUUUGAAUAAACAUACACAAAUUUACUGAGGGAUAAUAUAUUAGAUAUAUAAUAUAAGGAUGUAUACAAUUUUACAAUAUGCAGAGGUUAACAUAGGUUGAGAAAUCAGAGAGAGGAGCUGAGGGAAGGAGGUUUUGCUGGGGAGGUGGGAGGGGAAAAAGAGGGGAAUAAUGAAGAUGAUUUGUUUUGAUAAUUUGUUAUGUUGAAAUUGUUAAUAAAAAACUUUUUUAAAUAAGUUUUGAAGAAAGCUGUGACAUUCUCUCUUCCUCCUUCCUCUUCCUUCAGGUUCAGGCCUCUCUGGGAAGCAAGUCGUUUUCGCGCAAGCAUCGAAUAAAGCCCAUGUGGUUUUGAAGGCCUCCCUGAAGCAGCCGUUGACCGCCUUCACCGUGUGCCUGAAACAUUACACGGACCUGACCCGUGCUUACAGCCUGUUCUCUUAUGCCACCCGGAACAGCCACAACGAUAUCAUCAUCUACAAGCACAAACCCAACCAAUACAGCAUCUACGUGGGAAGUGAAGCAGUGACCUUCUUGACCCCAGAAAAACAGUCGCUUGAAAGAGAGACUUUGUGUGCGUCUUGGGAUUCUGCCACAGGGCUGGCGAGGUUGUGGGUGAACGGAAAACGUCUACCGCCCAGGAGCCUGAAGAAAGGAUACUCCAUCAGCGCAGACUCAUCGAUCGUGCUCGGUCAAGAUCAAGACAACAUGGGGGGCGGCUUUGACAUCAAUGACUCCUAUGUUGGAGAGCUGUUGGACGUGAGGAUGUGGGAGAGGGUGCUGUCCCAGGAGGAAAUGAAGCGCGCCCUGCUUGACGACAAUAUUCCUGGCAACGCCAUGUUUGAUUGGGAAACAGUCAAUUAUGAAGCAAAGGGUGGUGUUAUUAUUGAGCGCGCAUGGUCACCUUAA